UUGCGUGAUGUUUCACUCCGUUACGGUAGGGGGCGAUAGUCACCUCAAGUCAAGUCUUAACUAGCGACUCUGCGGGUUCGAGUGAACCUGGGGUGCUUGUUUUAUUUUUAUAAUAUUGAGGUCUCUUUUAUGAUUUUGAGGAAAAUCUACACAUAUACUCAUUCAGAAUGAGUAACAUAUACAUUCAAGAGCCACCCACGAAUGGAAAGGUCCUGCUUAAGACCACAGCAGGUGAUAUUGAUAUGGAACUUUGGUCAAAGGAAGCUCCAAAAGCAUGUAAAAACUUCACUCAGCUCUGCAUGGAGGGUUACUAUGAUGGCACAAUCUUCCAUCGUGUGGUCACAGAUUUUAUUGUUCAAGGAGGUGAUCCAACAGGUACUGGAAUGGGUGGCGAGUCCAUCUACGGUCGCCCAUUCAGGGAUGAAUUUCACUCCAGGUUACGCUUUAAUCGGAGGGGUUUGGUUGCAAUGGCAAAUGCAGGACCUCAUGAUAACGGGAGCCAGUUUUUCUUCACACUGGGACGUGCUGAUGAACUCAACAACAAACAUACAAUUUUUGGAAAGGUCACAGGAGAUACAGUAUAUAACAUGCUGAGGUUAGCAGAUGUGGAGUGUGACAAUGAUGAACGACCUCUCAACCCACACAAAAUUAGAUCUACAGAUGUCUUACACAAUGCCUUUGAUGACAUCAUACCUCGUGAAAUUAAAGCUAAAAAGGAGAAAAGCAAAGAUGAAGGAAAGAAAUCGCAGUCCAAGGCCACCAAAAAUUUCAGUUUGCUGUCAUUUGGAGAAGAGGCAGAGGAAGAUGAAGAGAUGGUUAAUCAAGUCAGCCAGACCAUGAAAGGCAAAAGUAAGAGCAGUCAUGACCUGCUGAAAGAUGAUCCCAAGUUAAGCUCCGUCCCAGUUGUUGACAGGAAAGACGAUGAAAGAGCAGAAGGGGAUUCUCUUGAGGACACAGAUGAUGACGUGGAGGAAGAAGCUGAUGGUGAAACCGAUAGGGAGAAGGUCAAAGAGUACAUCUCCAAAAAACUGAAGAAAGAUAAGACGGAGGACAAAACUGAGACCAGUCUUGAACCAGUGAAGAAGACUUCUCGCAGUGAUGAAUUGCGAAAAGAAGCUCGCCAGCUGAAGAAAGAGUUACUCGCAAUCAAGCAAAGAAGAGAUGAGGGUUUUAAGGAGGAGGAGAAACAGAGCGAGGGUGACAGUAAACCAUCCAGUGAGGCAAUGGUUGAGUAUCUGGAGAGCAGGAAGAAGUAUGAAGACUUAAAGAAGCAGAAAAGGAAGAAGGGGUCUGGUCGAGAGGCUCAAACACUCGCCCUUUUGGAACGCUUCAAAUCCAAGCUGACAACUGCGAUCUCAGACACUUCUGACGUUCCGGAGGAAAACGUGGAGGAACUAGGCGAGGAUGAUGAUAAAGGCUGGAUGGCCCAUGUUCUCCACUUUGAUGAACAAACCAGAAAGGUGAAAGAUGCCAACAUGCAGGACGAAGACACGUUCGAGAUCUAUGAUCCACGCAACCCCGUCAACAAGAGGAGACGAGAGGAGAGCAAGAAACUCAUGAAAGAAAAGAAGGCCAGGAGAUGAAGCCAGCACGCUUACUGGCGUGGUCUGUCUGUCUGAAACGACUCCUGCUGAUAGCAGAAACCAUUUCUACACGUGAAGAGAACUGGGUGUUGUUCUGUGUGCACAGACUGUUUGCUAGUCCUGGUUGGUUUUAUUUCUGUCUGCUAACGUCUGUAAAGAUAGCAGUUGUUCAUUCUUUUUAGUCUACAGGGGAAAGGUAGCAGACUCUUAUUAUGUAUUUUCUGUUGUACAAAACAAUGAGAAAGUGAAAAUUAAAAUGUCCAUUUUAUGGUGAAAAUAAAAGUGAUUAUUACUAAUAUCUAAUAUAAAACUGGUUCCACUAUACAUUCUGAAUCAAGCAAGCGAAACAAUAUGAGUCCCACCUGUCCAUUAAAUAAUCAGAGUAAUGCAAGACACACUCGUCCAUGCUGAAAUAAACCAGAGCUCAUCAAGAAAAAUUCCACUGUAAGCCAUCACCAAAAUCAAUCAUCUUCUUAUAUUUAGUAACUAUCCCACAAUGUAAAUGGUGACGUGAUGUUUUGAAACAGCAGACCGGACUUUUUUUGAAACCGCCUCCCUGAAUAAGUCCGAGCACUGGUGGCUACUGGCUUUGGUGCAUCUCACCUGCUUUAAAUUUGCAGCGGCUUUGGCCGCAUGGCUCUUAUGGUGUAACAUUAACUCUGUUCCAUGUGAAAAUUUAAGCGUGAUCCCAGAGGAGCAGUAAAAGGUUGCACGCUGGCCAAACCGUGCUGCUUGUCGUGCAUACUCGUGGUAGAUCGUUUAGACUAAACCGCAGUCGGCCGACAUCACCGGUAGUGCAGCUAAACUUGGUUGUUUGGUAAAAAUGUAAAACUGAUGCAAAAACAAUAGGAAGUCUUUACUAUAUUGCUUCAAUUUUAAAUCCGAUGUUUGUUUUCAGGUAGACGAUGGUGUAUGACUCUAUAAAGAAUAGGGAUGUUUUAAAAAACAUUUGUGAAUUUUAGCCAUUGUUUUAGUAGCCGUGACUAUGAUGAACAUUAUAGAUAUACACACUUAAAUGACUAAUUAGCAGCUGUUUCUAUGGCCGGCUAUACUUAAUUUGGCCGCCAUAUUGGAACAGUCAAAGCCGUAAUAUACCGUAAAUACUUGAGAGCAAGUUGACUGUGCAUCUGCAACCGUAGCUGCAACACUUGUGUAAAUAUGAAAUGUUUCGUGCUGUUGUUUAGACCCAAACAUGCUAAACUCACACAAUACAACAACACAAAGGUUUUGGUGCUGGCAAAUCGAUUAAUCUAUUACAAAAUGUUCGUUUUUAUACAAUGUGUGUGUGCGUGCGUGCGUGCGUGUGUGUGUGUGUGUGUGUAUACAGUAUGUAUGCUGUAUAUAUAAAUACACAAAACAUACAUGUAUAUAUUUAAGAAAAAUGUGUAAUAUACAGCUGCUAAAAAAAAUUAAGAAACCAUUUCAGAGACUGUUUUUCUGGGUUUAAAUUGUAAUAGUUAUAUGUAUGUGUUUAGUUAAAAUGAUCGUUUUUGUUUCAUUCUGUGAACUACUAACAAUAUUUUUACCAAAUUUCGAAUAGAAAUAUUGUUUCUGUUUUCAUUUAAUUGUAGAGAAACGGUGAAAAUAACAGAAAAGUUGCUCAUAGUUAGCUUAAAGCUUAUAUUUCAAAAGUAGCUUAUAUUUCACUUUCAACAGUAAUAUUUGUACACGUAUUUAAGAAAAUUUCCCAGAAAAUGUUUAAUGUAAUAACCUCGAUUUGUAUCACAGUUUUCACGUGUCUUGUCAUGCUACCAGUCUUGCACAUUGCUGUUGGAUGACCAUCACUGGACUGGAAUGGCCACAAUACAUCUAGAAAUGAAAAUUUGGAACGCUCUCAUUUUUUCCGCGGCAGUAAAUAUGAUUCUACAUAACAUAAAUUAUAUUUAAAUCUAAAUGUGUGUACAUAGUUGUUAAAUUUACACAUGUAUGUGUUUGCAUUUAAAUAUACACACCAGACACAUAUAUUAUAUAAACAAAGAUUCAUGUUGGGUUCGAUUAUUGCAAUUAAUCCCAAUUAAUUGCGAUUAAUCGAUUUGACAGAACAUAAACAUAACACUAAAAUGUUGUUUGGGGGGGAUUUUUACUCGUGGACAGUGGAUGCAGACAGGAACAUGAGGGUAAGAGGCAGGGUGUGGAAUCGGGACAUGACCCGGCUCUUACUCGAACCCAGGUCCCCGUGAGCCAACAGCUCAUGUAUAUGUGUCUGGAGCGCUACCGCUCUGACAACAUCACACUAAAACUUACCAUACAGUUUAUAAUUUGUUAUUGAGUUAAUACAUAUAAAAACACAGACCAACACAUUCUCACCUUUAAAAGGUUUUCUCAUUUACAAGUUGGCGGAAAACCUAACGGACACGAAGACGUGUCUGGAGCGGUCAAAUGUGCAUCUACAUGUACAUAUCUAUGAUCUAUACGCUAUCCGAACUAAAUUAACUUAUAGGAGAUGGAUUCAUUCAAACUUUCCCACUAGUUCUUCUGGGAAAAUGGAGCAAAAACAUAUAGAUGACUUGUCUUGUACGAGCAGAUUUCAUCCAAUCAGAUGCUCCCUAGCAUAAGAAUGUCCCUCCCACCUCUUGUUUCAGUAGAAAUUGGUCUCACCUCCACAUGUUUUGCGCUGCGUCCGAAAUCGCAUACUAUGACAUUACGUACUGAUUUAAAUGAAGCACCUACCUAUCGACCAUUAAAACAGUAGGUUCCAUAUAGCAUGUGUGGGGGUGACUUUCUGCUGUCAAGUAACAUGAAUCCUGGCAGCCGCUGUGGAUUUCGAGGUUGAAGAUGACAAGACAAUGUCAUUCUCGCACAGCGACUCCGAAAAAAAAACACUUAACAUUCUUACGUGUCUCCAGCUGAGAUACCGAACCCCAUCAUUACUGCUGGUCACAUGACUGCGGCUGAUUAAAUGGAGCAGUAAUGCAAUUAUCUGACUGCGCUAUCUCUCUCUGUCCUUGUGAAUGAGCUCUAAAAAUAACUUUGUUUAAUCCUCUGUCCCCAGUACAAGAACAAGAUGAAAUCCUCACCGCCUCUUGUUUCCACUUUACUGGACCUCUCCACUGUGGGGAAAAUCACUUUUCAGACACAACUAAGAUGUUUGGUCUGAAACUUUUACUGCAAGGUUCGUCUCUCAUUGGCUUUUAGGGUCAUUAGGGUCAUUCUCUCACCAGUCAUACAGCACAUCACUGUUCCUUUUUAUGUCUUUAUAUCAGAUGUAUGCUAUGUGUUAUUAUCCUUAAAGGGAUACUUCACCCAAUCUCUAAGGGUACUCAUCUACACCCUCGCUUUACUGUUUGUGUAAAUACUGAACUCUAGAUGUCUCCACUAAGCCAUCUUUCCCAUGAGCACUAAAGGACAAACACAUGUCCACCGCCGCUGUAUUGUGUUCUGCGUUUUUUAAAGAUCUGCUUUCAAACUUCCAUUGGUCACUGAAAGCUCACCAACUUUAUGUAGUACAAUGCGCGAGUUAUUUUUCAGAUGUGGAGAUGAGAUCAACCCAAAUGUUGGACACGUUGCUUAAAGGUUGUAAUCUUGUGCUUGGAUUGAAAGCUGUUGACAGAUGUGGAUCCUUUACUGAGAUCAAGUUUCGCUAAAUAUCUCAUUACACCGUUUGUAGGAUAAUGACUGGCAUGAUUUUGCUGGAGGAAGUGAAAAAUGAAAUGAAAUACUAUGCAAACCAUUACUUGAAGAUGGGUUUGUACAGGUAGAUUUCAGUAUCAUGUGGAUAUACGUUGUAUUUUGGUCACACAGAGAAUAAAAUAGCCUGUGUUUUCACGUCUUGUUUUUUUCCUCAGGGAUUUUAAACAAUUCUUCUGCUAUCUUAAACUGAAGCUACAGGACUAUGUGCUGCAAAUCACAUGAAAUUUAGUGAAAAGGAUGGAACAAUAUAUAGUGGCAUGAUAUAUUAGGAUGCAUAAACAUUACAGUACGUAUUGUAGCGCAGCAAUGGCAUUUUUUUGCAAUACGGUCUCUGUUUAAUCCUAUUGGUUGGGCUGCCAACACAUGACUUGUUUUUAUUUUUACUUUACUGCUUGAAGAGGUUCUCGCUUAAAGGGAUAGUUCACCCAAAAAAUGAAAAUUCUGUCAUUAUUUACUCAUGUCAAUGUUCUGCUGAACACAGAAAGAUAUUUGGAAGAAUGUUUGUAGCCAAACAGUUCUGGGGCACCAUUGACUACCAUAGUAAAAAGAACCUACUAAAUGCUACAAUGGUAGUCAAUGGUGCCCCAGAACUGUGAUGUCAGAAUUUUCAUUUUUGGGUCCCAUAUCCCUUUAAGGUUCAGCUUUCUUAUUUCAUUUCCGAGUAUUAUUUUAACAUUUUAUUUUAUUUUUCAAUGACAGACCUAUUCAAGUUUUAUUUACAAGAUUCAAUUAAACCUUGGAUGUUGUCAGUUUUAUAACAAGUCCAAUAAAAAGGGUUUUGAAAAUUGGUAAUGUUUUGGAAAUACGAAAAUCUGCUAUUUGAAUUUCAUUUUCAUGUUUUUAACUUUGUUCAAAAUAUUGUGAUACUAAUGUAUCGUGAACCCAGUGUUGUGUAUUGUUUUGAACUGUAUCGAUACACCCCUAUUACUCAAAUAUACACGCAUUGUAAGUAUAAAAUAUAUGUUUU